AUGGUAGAUACUACUCAUUCCAUUCAUACGAAUAACCGUACUUCUGAUGAUGGUUAUAAUUGGUGAAAGUAUGGUGAAAAGCUAGUUAAGGGAAGUAAGUUUCCACGGAGUUAUUACAAAUGUACUCAUCCCAACUACCAAGUGAAGAAGAAGUUGGAGCGCUCUCAUAAUGGGUUGGUUACUGCGAUGAUAUAUGAAGGUGUCCAUGGUCAUCCAAAGCCCCAGCCAAGCCAUCGACAGUCAACAACCCCCGUGGUGGCCCAUAACAGUAUGGGGGGCAAAGGGAGAGAUGGUGAAGAGGAGACAGACGGGACGAGGAGGGAUACAACUAGCGAUCCACGAGUUGUAGUGCAGACAAUGAGCGAAGUUGAUAUCCUUGAUGAUGGGUAUAGGUGGCGGAAGUAUGGACAAAAAGUAGUGAAAGGGAAUCCAAAUCCAAGGAGCUACUACAAAUGCACCAAUGCUGGAUGCCCAGUUAGGAAGCAUGUGGAGAGGGCAUACCAUGAUCCCAAGUCAGUUAUUACUACUUACGAGGGAAAACAUAAUCAUGAUGUACCCACUGCAAGUGCGACCAGGCAUGAAAUUUCCAUGCAUAUGGCAGUGCAGAGUGUCAGUAGUCUCAAUGGUGGUAGCCCAGUGGUCCUGAGCCUUGUGAUGCUAAAGCCACCAAAUCACAUUGAAAAUGGGAGGGCUCCGUUAUUUCCUACUGCAUGUAAUGUAGUUAGUCUAGAUUUAGGUGUUGGCAUUGGCCAGCUUCCUGAAACUAGUUAA